CCUGCACGCCGGAAGCAUGCCGGCGAGCCUGGCGUCCGUGGAGGCGAUGGGGGCGGGAGGGGCAUGGGCCAAGGGGCCGCCCGCGGCAGCAGGGGACCCGUCGAGGACAGGGGCGCGUGCAGUGGGUGUUCCGCGGCUGCUCGAUGUAGAGCGGCGGGGGCGGCUGGAUCGGCGGUGGCGGCUGGAGCUUGCAGAACAGCGGCGGCGGAGGCUGGAGCUUGUAGAUCGGCGGGCCAACCUGAGCAACAGCUCCAAGGAGGACGCCACCAGGUGCCUGGUCUGGCUGGGGGACCUCAUCGACGCCAAGAAGUUGGGAGGCAGUGCUGCUGGCAGCGACACACUGCACCUCCCUGUCGCCGGCGUGGCUACUGCAGGCAGGAAGAAAGAGAGAAACAUGAUGAAAAUUGUAUUGCCGGUUUUAGCAGGCAUGCUGGUGCUCACAUGCUUAUCCAUUGUGAUAUGGGUUUGCAGGUCCAAAGACACAGUGUACUAUGCUCAUGCAUAUGUGACAUAAACGAAUUCUGCAUUAUGCUGCUCAGUGCUCGCAAAUACUGCAAAGUUACUAGGCCUAGGAGAUUUGAGCACUUGAGAAGGUUUUGGGACACGAAGCCCCAUUGAAGGUUUUGAAUUUUCAAAGCUUCAAAGAUGUUGCAGCUGUGACAAACAAUUUUCACCCAUCACAUAUGAUCGGACAAGGUGGUUUUGGCAACGUCCAAUGUCGCUGCCGUGGAGUUCACUGGAAGAAGAACAUCGGUCAAGCAUUCCAAUGUCGCCUCCGCCGAGUUCGGCACCGAGCCAUCCAAUGUCGCCUCUGCUGAGUUCGCCGGAGGAAGAACAUCCACCGUCCGAACGUGCUACACCAGAGCUAAUAUUAUUACGACUGGAGCGGCAGGCAUGUCCAUAUUCGGUGCUGCCAGCGGCAAGCAAUACAGGGUAGGUUUUGUAAGUGCUAACAUGGUAAAUUAAUAGGGAUUAUCUAAUCUUUUUGUAUUAAGGAGUUCUAUACGUUUGCAUCAUGCAAAGAUUAUUGUACUAUUAAUUAGUCUAUACUGGAGAAGUCAAAGAGUAUCAUACUCAGGGUCAGUUACGUAGUUGGAAUAUUUGUAACCACACACUAAUUGAGUUUG